AAAUUUGUGGAAAGUUUCAUGAUCAGAGAGUCCUUUACAACUUACAUGCUUAGUUUGUCAGUAUGUAGAGGCAUGCCGAAUUUUGGUUUUAUUCCUUUAAGAAUCACUUUAAACAAAAAAUAAAAUAAAAUAGAAAAGGUUAGUUUUAGUUUUAAUUUCAUGACUGACAGCUCAGUCUUUUCUUUUCAUUUUUGGGUUCAUACAGCUACAGUAAAUGAAGGCAAGAUUCAUGGACUUAAUGCAUUAAGGCUAUGCUAUUUAUUUAUGAAGCUCUGCUCUAUAUUGAAAAUUUCCCCGAAUGUUACUGAAUCUGGCAAUAAGCAUAUGGCCCCUGAGCUUCAAUACUUCACCAAUGUAUUCCAUCCAUGCUCGGCUAAUAUUCAAGAGUCAUUUAAUGGGGAUGUCAGUGUGUGGACCAAUAAUGCAAGAAAAGUCAGUUGUGAACAUUUGGUUUUCUUAUGGGGAUUCAAACUUGGGAUGACAGCUGGCAUGCUGAAGAGCGUACUUCGCGCAUCCCAUGACAUAUUUUCAGGAGAGUUUGAUGUUAAAUUGGUGGAUAAGAGUUGUGCCAUUGUUGUUUUCUGGCAACCCGGGUUAUCAAAAGAUUUUCUAGAUGUAAUGAACAGUGAAGAAAUUAGCGGAGGCUUAAAGGAGUUAGUAUCAGAAGGCCUGAGGGUAACCUGUUAUGAGACCUACAAGACAAUGUGUAGGCUAGGUUUGUGGGAGAUGGAUCUUGCAGAGUCCUUAGAAAGAGUUAUGGAGAGUUCUCCAUGUGAUAUUGAGAUUAACUGUGGAAGAAAAUCUUCUGAGACUCAUUGGUAUAAUGACAAUGUAAUUAACUUAGAUGAUCUUUAAUGUUGUCGUU